AUGCGGUGGCUGUGGCCCCUGGCUGUCUCUCUUGCUGUAGCAUUGCCUGUGGGGCUGACUGGGGUCUCUGGGGCUGCCAACUCAUCUUUGGGUGGGCAUAGAGCAAAGGUCCAGGAGCAGCAGAGUCGACCCCGAAGAGGCACCAAGGACGAGGGGCCCAAGGAGGUACAACAUUAUGUACCUGAGGAGUGGGCUGAGUACCCCAGGCCCAUCCAUCCUGCUGGCUUGCAGCCCACCAAGACGUUGGUGGCCACUAGCCCCAACCCAGACAAGGAUGGGUCCACCCCAGAUAGUGGACAAGAGCUGAGGGCCAACUUGACCGGGACACCAAGUCAGAGGCUGCAGAUUCAGAACCCCUUGUAUCCGGUGACUGAGAACUCCUACAGUGCCUACGCUGUCAUGCUCCUGGCUCUGGUGGUAUUUGCUGUGGGUAUCGUAGGCAAUCUGUCUGUCAUGUGUAUUGUGUGGCACAGCUACUAUCUGAAGAGUGCGUGGAACUCCAUCCUCGCCAGCCUGGCUCUCUGGGAUUUCCUGGUCCUCUUCUUCUGCCUCCCCAUUGUCGUCUUCAACGAGAUCACUAAGCAGAGGCUCCUGGGGGAUGUGUCUUGCCGGGCUGUGCCCUUCAUGGAGGUCUCCUCCCUGGGAGUCACAACCUUUAGCCUCUGUGCUCUGGGCAUAGACCGCUUCCACGUGGCCACCAGCACCCUGCCGAAGGUGAGGCCCAUUGAGCGAUGCCAAUCAAUCCUGGCUAAACUGGCUGUCAUCUGGGUGGGCUCCAUGAUGCUGGCUGUGCCUGAACUCCUGCUGUGGCAGCUGGCACAAGAGCCUGCUCCCACCAUGGGGACGGUGGACUCGUGCAUCAUGAAACCUUCAGCCAACCUACCCGAGUCCGUCUACUCGCUGGUGAUGACCUACCAGAACGCUCGCAUGUGGUGGUACUUUGGCUGCUACUUCUGUCUGCCCAUCCUCUUCACCGUCACCUGCCAGCUGGUGACAUGGCGGGUGCGGGGCCCGCCGGGCAGGAAGCCCGAGUGUCGGGCGGGCAAGCAUGAGCAGUGUGAGAGCCAGCUCAACAGCACUGUGGUGGGCCUGACCGUGGUCUAUGCCUUUUGUACACUCCCUGAGAAUGUCUGCAAUAUUGUGGUGGCCUACCUCUCCACCGAGCUCACCCGGCAGACCCUGGACCUCCUGGGCCUCAUCAACCAGUUCUCCGCCUUCUUCAAGGGCGCCAUCACCCCCGUGCUCCUCCUGUGUAUCUGCAGGCCCCUGGGCCAGGCCUUCCUGGAUUGCUGCUGUUGCUGCUGCUGUGAGGAGUGCAGCGGGGCCUCGGACGCUUCGGCGACAGGCGGCGCGGACAGCAAGCUUAAGACCGAUGUGUCCUCCUCCAUCCACUUCCAUAAGCCCAGGGAGUCACCCCCACUCCUGCCCCUGGGCACACCUUGCUGA